CCGAAGGGAAGGACAGCUACUGUUCUUCUUCACAACAACACCUCAGCAUCACUUUGGAUCUCGUGUUAUUGCGUGGUUUAUUCAGCCAUGUAUAUACUCGAGAAACUCGCGGCUAUCCUCGAUCGCCCGCUCUUCCCAUGGAAGACGGUGCUCGUGGGCUUUUCUCUCGGUCAAUACAUCCUCGAAGGUAUCCUCUCUUUCCGGCAAUACAAGGUUCUGCAGCGCACAAAGCCUCCUAAGGUUUUGGAGAAUGAAGUCUCCCAGAAGGUCUACGAUCAAAGUCAGGCAUAUGGUCGCGCAAAGGCAAAGUUCGGUUUCGUCGCUGGUCUCUACGGUCAAAUCCAAAAUCUCGCGUUUAUCUAUGGUGACGUCCUCCCCAAGCUCUGGGGCGUCAGUGGUCUCUUGUUGGCACGCUACUUCCCCUCCGGAUUCCAGGGUGAAAUCACCCAGACGCUGGUCUUUGUCUUCAGUUUCAACAUAAUUAGCACUAUCUUGUCUAUCCCGGUUUCGUACUACAGCACCUUCGUUCUCGAGGAGAAGUUCGGUUUCAACAAGCAGACUUUCAAUCUGUGGGUCUCGGACAUGCUCAAGGGUCAGAUGCUGGGAAUUGUGCUGGGUACUCCGAUUAUCAGCGCCGUGCUCAAGAUUGUCCAGAAAUCCGGCAACUCGUUCUUCUACUAUCUGUGGCUCUUUGGUAUCUUCGUUCAGGUCUUUGCUAUCACCAUCUACCCCAUUGUGAUCCUGCCUUUGUUCAACAAGCUCUCGCCCCUCGAACCCGGUCCUCUCAAGACUGGCGUGGAAAGCCUCGCCAAGAAGCUCGAGUUUCCCCUUCAGGAAUUGCAUGUCAUCGAUGGUAGCAAGCGCAGCGCUCACAGCAACGCCUACUUUUACGGUCUCCCUUGGAAGAAGCACAUUGUCAUCUACGAUACCUUGAUUGAGAAGAGCGAACCGGAAGAGGUGGUUGCUGUUCUGAGUCAUGAAUUGGGUCACUGGAGCCUUAGCCACACUACGAAACUGUUCGCCAUUGCUCAGUCUCACAUGUUCUAUAUCUUUGCGCUCUUCUCGGUUUUCGUCAACAACAAGUCAUUGUACGCGUCCUUUGGUUUCCACAACGAAAUGCCUAUUAUGAUUGGUUUCCUCCUGUUCUCAGAUGCCCUGGCACCGAUGGAUGCUGUCGUCAAGCUCUUGAUGAACAUCCUCAGCCGCAAGUUUGAAUUCGAAGCUGAUGCCUUUGCUGUGAAGCUCGGAUACUCCAAGGAGCUCGCUCAGUCCCUGCUCAAGCUCCAGAUCCAGAACCUGAGCACCAUGGAUGCGGACCCGAUGUACGCCAGCUACCACUACUCCCACCCCAUCCUUUCCGAAAGACUCAAGGCGCUUGGCUGGACGGGUGGAAACGUCACUGGCCUCAAGGAAGAGGACAGUGAAACUCCUGUCAAGGCUGCCGACCGAGAGCUGUAAGCUUUCGUCCCAGUUGUGUGUUUUUUUU